UUUAUCUCAGGAGCAUGAGAAUAUUACAGAUGUAUGAUAAAAAGUCUUUUGUCAAUAACCACAUGAAACACAUAUGCUCUUUGAUCAAAAUAAAGACUGUGACAAAAUUUUAAAUGGGUUUCAACGUGCUACUACUUCUGCUGUGGUUAACCUGUGGAGCGAUAGCACAACGCUGUCCUCCGGAAGAGGAUCUGUCUCCAUCCUGCAAUUGCAGAGCUUUUGACACUUUCUCAAUGAUGACAUGCAAUAACAUAAUGAAUGCGGAGGAGCUAAUUGCUCCCAUCAAAGCUGCUGAAGGUUACGAAAUGUUAGCAAUUAAUAUAGAAGAUUCGUCACUUUUAUAUAUACCUGGAGAAAUAUUCAAAAAUACAAGAUUUGCAAAGAUUCGCUUCGCAAACUCCCAAGUGAUGGCCUUAUCAGACUCAGAAUUGGCUUUUGAAGGACUAGAGAAUGAGUUAGAAGAAAUCCGAGCAACGGGAGCUCAUUAUAUAACAACUUGGGACUGGUCUCAGUUGCGCAACCUCAAGAAACUGUCGUUAAUAGAUGUAAACAACAUUGGCAUGGGCAGCUUGGACAACGAAUUCCCUCGUCUCGAAACCCUGACGGCAUUAGGAAUCAGCAGUGCAGAUCUCUCCUUCAUCCAUCCAGAUGCUUUCAGAGAAUUACCGAAUGUAGAUUUGCUUGUUUUGAAAAACAAUGCAAUAAGUGAAAUGUCAAGAAGUAUGUUCCCCAAUCCAGCUAAAAAAUUAUAUCAUUUAGAUCUCAGCAACAACUUGCUGACCACUUUGCCAGAUAAUAUGUUCAGCAACAUGCCAGAUUUGCAUGAAGUACAUCUGAAUAACAACAAAUUUGUGACUCUUAGAGAAGAAGUUUUUUCACCGAUUAUGCAAAAGCUGCAAUCAAUGAUGUUGGCAGGUAAUGAAAUUCGGUGUGAUUGUCGCUUGAGAUGGAUGGUAAACCACAGAAUUCCUCUGUAUUUCAAAGGUGAAUGCAGUGAACCUCAAAGUCUGAAAGGAAACGAUCUUAGAUAUCUUAAGCAUGGCGAUCUCUAUUGUUAAGUCAAGAUAGAACACUGUUACCUCAAAAAUUUUCUCUUUGAUGCUUCUUUUAAUUAAAUAACUUAUUAAAGUAAAAAAAAUAUAUUUUAAAUACUUCUGGUGUUUACAAAGAAAGUUUUUUUCGACCUCCUUCAAGGAGACGAAAAAAUGGAAUGAAACAAAUUGCCUGCAAAUAAGUUGCAAUAAACCAUAUUAAUAAAGACAUGGAGAAUAACUUGUAAUAAACGAUAUUAAUAAAGACAUGUAGAAUAA